GUUGUAAAAUUGCAUCCAGUGCGAACGUAUAUAUUACAUAUAAUUAUGAUUUAAAUUCGUAAAACAGUUCAAAUUCAAUUGGAGUUUUUUUAAAAUGAUAGUAACAGUUUUGUUUUUCGUGAGCGCAGUGUGUGGGAUACCAGUGGAGCUCCCGAAGACUGUCGAGAAAUGCGGUUAUGAGAGUUGUACACAAGCGGAACCGGGCGUGCUAAACGUACAUAUAGUACCACACACGCACGACGAUGUAGGCUGGCUUAAAACUGUCGAUCAAUAUUACUUUGGUAGUCGAAACAACAUUCAAAAGGCGGGGGUUCAGUAUAUUUUAGACUCUGUCGUGAAAGAACUGUGGGAGGAUCCUAAGAGACGUUUCAUCUACGUUGAGACAGCGUUCUUCUGGAAAUGGUGGGUCCGCCAGGGUGAUGAUGUGCGUCACAAGGUUCAUACUAUGGUGAGGCAGGGGAGGCUGCAAUUCGUAGGCGGUGCGUGGAGUAUGAAUGAUGAGGCGGCUUCGCAUUAUCAGAGCACCAUUGAUCAGUUUACACGAGGUUUGAGAAAACUAAACGAGACAUUUGGAGUAUGUGGUAUACCAAGGGUGGGUUGGCAAAUAGAUCCGUUCGGUCAUUCACGGGAGUUCGCGUCUCUUUUAGCCGGUAUGGGCUAUGAUGGACUGUUUCUCGGCCGUAUUGACUACCAGGACAAAAGAACAAGACUGAAUAAUAAGGAGAUGGAAAUGAUUUGGAGAGGGGAUGAUAAUCUAGGUGCAUCAUCAGACAUCUUCACUGGUGUCCUUUACAAUACAUAUUCGCCGCCGCCUGGAUUUUGCUUCGACGUGCUCUGCGACGAUGAACCCAUCAUUGAUGACCCACAUUCACCGAUGUACAAUGUUGAUGAACGGCUUAAUGAUUUUAUAAAGUACGUCACAGAGCAAUCUCAACGAUAUCGAACUAAUAAUGUGAUAGUGACCAUGGGCGGCGAUUUUACCUACCAAGACGCCACUAUGUGGUACAAAAAUCUGGAUAAAUUGAUUAAAUAUGGCAACAUGAAAGCCGCCAAAGAUGGAUUAAAUAUAAAAUUGUUCUAUUCAACUCCUGACUGUUAUCUGAAAGCGGUAAAGGAUGCUAACGCAACAUUUCCAAUAAAGCAGGAUGACUUCUUCCCAUAUGCGAGUGACUCCACAGCUUAUUGGACUGGUUAUUUCACGUCAAGACCAACCACCAAAUACUUUGAGAGACUUGGGAAUAACUAUUUACAGGUUUUGAAACAGCUUCAAGUAUUGGCUAACUUGGAGGAACACAACGAGUUUGUUUUGGACGAACUUCGUAGUGCUUUGGGGGUAAUGCAGCAUCACGACGCAGUGACUGGCACUGAAAAGGAACACGUAGCUCAUGAUUACGAGAGGAUAUUGGACUCGGCGAUUCGGGACGCCAGUCUUAUUGCCAACCAGGCCUUCAACAAAAUAUUGAAUCCUAACGAGUCCCUACCUACGCUUUCUUACAAGAGAUGUCGCUUCAAUGAAUCCAGCUGCCCUGUAUCCGAAAAUAGCGAGCAAUUUGUUGUGACAAUGUACAACCCUCUAGGGUGGGAUGUGAAACAACCCAUCCGUGUGCCGGUCACAGAGGGAACAUAUUCUGUGUUUGCUCCUAAUGGAGACGAAAUAACAUCACAACUUAUAAAAAUACCAGAUCCAGUAAAAAACAUACCGACGAGAAAAUCGAAAGCCACACACGAAAUAGUAUUCAUGGCGUACCUUCACCCACUCGGAAUAAAAUCAUUCUUUAUAAGAAAAAAUAAAAAGGACAAAAGGGAAACAAAAAGAACAAAAGACUUCUAUCUCAACGUCAACGAUUAUUUCAAAAAUCUUAAAGAUAACAUCGAUAUAGUCAUUAAGAGUGAAGAGAACUUAAAAAGUUAUAAUGACAUGGCAAAUAAUUACCAAAGUGGUGAUAAUUUUGCAAGUUUUAAUACAAAUGAUGGAAAAUACGAUGAAAAAAUUAUUAAAAAUCCACAAGAGCUCGAAACUAUUGAUUGGAAUGUUUUAAAAGAUAAAGAUAGCUCAAAAGAGUAUUUUGAUGAAAUCGAGAAAUUACGAGUAGGAGUGGAAAGAGUUUUGGAGAAGAGUGGGUAUCCCUUUGCUAACGAAGAAGAGUUGAGGAUGCUAUCUGAUGAACCGAGGAUUGUGGAGAGGGAAGAUGAAAGUUUUAUAGAAAAUGAGCACUUCAAACUGCGUCUGGACAGCUCCGGUCAAAUCACUCAUUUAAUCCUUCCAGACAGAACAUUAAACAUGAGAAUACAAUUCUACUAUUGGACUGGUUGCAUCGGAAAUAACACCAAACCCUCUGAAAGAUCCUCUGGCGCUUACAUUUUCAGACCAGAAACAACUCAACCAAAAUCCAUGUCCUUCAAAACGACGGCUAAACACCAAGGGCCCGUGGUUCAAGAAUUGUGGAUUGAAGGGGAUAAAAAUUUAGCUGCGAGUGUCCGAAUUUAUCACGAAAAGCAAUUUUUCGAAGUCGAUUAUGUUGUCGGACCCAUUGAUAUUACCGAUAAUACCGGUAAAGAAUACAUUGUUCGGUACGAAAGUGAUUUGGUAAAUAACGGAAUUUUUUAUACCGAUUCAAAUGGACGGCAAACUUUGAAACGCAGGUUGAAUGAAAGGCCCCAGUGGAAUUUAACUUUGGAAGAACCCAUCGCUGGUAAUUACUAUCCGGUAACAAAUGAGAUUUUCAUAGAAGACAAAGAUACGAAAAUGACAAUUUUAACCGAUCGUUCUCAAGGUGGAACUUCGUUGGAGGAAGGACAAAUUGAGUUGAUGUUACACAGACGAUUGCUUCACGAUGAUGCGUUUGGUGUUGGCGAAGCCCUAAAUGAAACUGCUAACGGUGUAGGCUUAGUUGUACGUGGGAAACAACGUGUUUUGUUCCGAAAUGCCGGUGAAAAUUACAAUACAACUAAAGAAAUCCUUGCAAUGCAUUUAGAGCCAAUAGUUUUGGUGGCAGACGCCAAAGGUCUGACCUAUGACGAAUGGCUGACGCUCAAACGUCUCACCGGUUUAAAAACCGAGCUGCCAAUCGGUUUGCAUUUGUUGACAUUAGAGCCGUGGUCGAAAUCUAAAUUGUUGAUACGAUUCGAGAAUUAUUUGGAGAAAUCGGAUACGUCAACUGUAGAAAUUGAUCUAUCGAAUUUAUUUAAGAAUUUAAAUAUUAAAGGUUUUGAAGAAACGACGCUGGCUGCCAAUCAGAGGGUAGAUAAAGAGAAAUGGUCUUGGAAUAAAGAAAGUGUAUUUGUGGAAAGUUUUAAUAAUAAUUAUGGUAAUUUUGGUGAAAUCAAAUCGGCGAAGGAAGAUGAGACUGUUUCGGAUAACGGAUUUGUUAUUAAACUUAAAGCUAAACAGAUAAGGACAUUCAUUGUUGAUUACGAUUAUUUAGAUGAAUAAAUAUUAGAUUUUUUUAGUUUCCCCUAAUAUAUUUACCCUUUGUGUUAUGUAUUUUUGAGGUCAAAACGUAUUGAUAAUACGCAAGCAAAAAUCGCCGAAAAAUGUCAAAGAAAUUUAAAUAAAGAAUAAGAUUCCAAA